AUGUUUGGUCAUUUAUGGAAAAAAACUAUUCUUCGCAAGUUUGCACGUCUGCAAAAAGAAAUCUUAGCACGACAAAAAAAAAAUAGUCUUUUAACUGAAGAAGAACUACAAAAAAAAGCCGUGAUUUUGCGAAAAAAAAUUCGUAAAAACAAGAAUUUAGACAAGUAUUUAGUGCCGGUUUUUGCCUUAGCAAGGGAAGUUAUUCGCCGAAAAACUGGUCUUUUGCUCUUUCCUACGCAAGUCUUUGGAGGAAUUGUACUCCAUUAUGGCAACAUUGCCCAAAUGAAUACUGGAGAAGGGAAAACUUUGACGGCACUUUUACCAAUUUGCAAACCAAUUUUUGAUUUUUUCGGCAUUACCUCUGGAUUUAAUUCAAAUUCCCAUAGCCCCGAAGAAAAAAAAGAGCUUUAUGAUAACUGUGCGAUUGUGUAUUCUACCGGCAGCGAAUUAGGAUUUGAUUAUCUGAGAAAUAAUUUAGUAACUCGGAUUGAAGAUAAAAGAGGUAAUGAAUUAGAAGUUAAAGAAAAACACCGAAAAUCUACUUACUUGUCUCAACAAUUGAUUGAAAAGAUUGAUUACAAAUUUGAUAAAAAAGAAAGAGAAAUCUGGCUAACCACAAAAGGCGUCAAAAAAACUGAAGAAUUCCAUGGAAUUGAUAACCUCUUUUCUUUUAAGCAUCACGAAACUAAUUUUUUACUUAACAAUUCCCUAAAAGCAAAGCAUUUUUAUCAAAAUGGCGUAGAAUAUGUUGUUGAUCCUCAAAGAAAAAAAAUCGUCAUUAUUGAUGAAUUAACGGGAAGGUUGGUACCGAACCGAGUUUACAGUGCUGGAAUUCAGCAAGCAGUUGAAAGCAAAGAAGGAAUUCCCAUCAGCCCACCCAGCAAAUCCACCGCGGUAAUUACUUACCAAAAUUUUUUUCGUCUUUUUGACAAAGUGGCUGGGAUGACCGGAACUGCUAUGACUGAAGCCGAAGAAUUUCGCCAAGUUUAUGGUAUGGAAGUAAUUGCCAUUCGUCCUUACAAAAAACUGAUCCGUAAAGACUGUGAUGAUUUAAUUUUUUUAGAUAAAGAAAGUAAAUAUCAAGCAGUUAUCCAAAGAAUUAAAAAAAAUGAGCAAACCAAAAAACGACCAAUUUUAGUGGGUUCCCCUAAUUUAGAUGUUUCCGAAUACAUUUCAGACUUGCUUACUAAAGAAGGAAUUUUUCAUUACAAAUUGAAUGCCGUUAACCACCAAGAAGAAGCCCAAAUUAUUAAGCGAGCCGGAGAAUUAGGAGCCGUAACUAUUUCUACUAAUAUGGCUGGACGCGGAACUGACAUAGUUUUAACUGAAGAAAGCCGCCAAGUUGAUGGUUUACUAGUAAUCGGAGUUGAAAGAAAUUUCAGUCGUCGAAUUGAUAACCAAUUACGUGGGAGAGCCGGACGACAAGGAGAUCCCGGAGAGAGCCAAUUUUAUGUUUCACUAGAAGAUGAUUUAAUUAAAAAUUACGAAAUAAAAGAACAAAUUACUAGAGUUUUUUAUGGCAAAGUAAUUCGUAAUGCCCAAGCCGCCGGACGUCAAUAUACUUUAAACUACGACCUUUUAAUUAAUCAUCAACGACAAACAAUUUAUAGUUAUCGCCAAAAAAUACUUGCUAGUCCCAAUGUUUUUGCCAUGAUUUUAAAGCAAAAUAAGUCGCCCUUAGAAUCUCAGCAAUACAUAAAAUCACAAUUAGUACGAAAAAUUGAUUUCGCUUGA